AUGGAUAACAUCAAAAACCCUAACACCCCGGAUGAUUAUUCCGAUCGCAUAUCGAAAAAUAGUCAUCAAAGCGGUUAUAAUUCCGUGUCAAGAACUUACAUAUGCAGUUUCUGCGUAAGGGGCUUCUCGAAUGCCCAAGCACUGGGAGGGCAUAUGAACAUCCACAGAAGAGACAGAGCUAAACUCAGACAAAAGCUUAUGGAAGAAGAUAAUCAGGAUGACUUUGUCGCCGAGAGUGAUUCAUCAGAAGUUGUCUCUCUAGACCUUAAUGAACAACAAGAAGAAGCUUUGGCAUGUGAUGAUGGUCAUAAUCAAGAUAUGGACAAAGAUAUAAGUCCUGGUCAGAAAUUAGGGUUUUGCGUUCAAGAAAGCAAGCUGGAUACUGAUAAUCAUGGAAAGGUUAGCAUAGAUGGUUCGAGUUCGAGUCAUCAUCGUGAGAUUGAAGGAUUGGAUCUUGAGCUCCGGUUAGGCCAAAGCACCGUGGAGAAGAAGACAACAUAA